AUGGAAUCAUGCAAAUGUCCCACUACUGGACAAAUGUUCGAGGAUCUUGUUGCACGUGACAAUGGACACACAUAUGAACGAGCAGCAAUCGUAGAUUGGUUAUCACGAAAUGAAACAAGCCCUAUGACAAGGGAACCUAUGGGCAUAGAUUCGUUGAAACCAAACUGUACAGUGAAGAAGAUGAUUGAUGAAUGGAAAGCCGUGUCCGAAUCACAACAAAUUCAGCAUCAGUUCCAACUUGAUAUCGACGGAGCAAAAGCUAAUCGAGAAACAUCAUUCUAUGUCCAGCUCGGUUACCAACCACGCACUAUCCGCACUUUUGAUCUUGCCCAACGCCACCCUGGCUCUGUUAUGCCAACAGAACGAGUUUUGAUAAGAGUCUUUGAACAAAUAUGUGAUGCUAUGAUUUAUCUGAGUGAUAAUGGUAUCAUUCAUGGAGACUUGGCUUACCGAAAUGCUUUCGUUUUUCGAUCAAAUCCAAUGACUAUCGUUCCAGUGCGUUACGUUGCUCCUGAAACUCUUCAAAAUUCUGACCGAUCAAAACUAUUCAGAGAAGUCUGA